CUGAUGAAGAAGCCCCAGAUUAUGGAUCCGGUAUCCGACAGUCUGGCACAGCUAAAAUUUCCUUCGACAAUGAAUAUUUUGAUAAGAGUGAUUUUUCUUCAGUUGCAAUGACUCGGUCUGGACUGUCAUUGGAAGAAUUAAGAAUUGUGGAAGGGCAAGGCCAGAAUUCAGAGGUUGCCACUCCUCCAGAGGAGAUCAACAGAAUGAAUGAGCUUGACUUGAAGUCAGCCACUUUGGAUGGAAAAAUGACUAUGGAAGGAUUCACUGAGGAAAUUGGUGGUCACUUGAAGCUGGGUAGCGUAUUUACCUUCCGUGUGACAGUGCUACAGGCCAGCGGCAUCCUUCCUGAAUAUGCAGAUAUUUUCUGCCAGUUCAACUUUUUACAUCGACAUGAUGAAGCUUUCUCAACAGAACCUCUCAAAAACAAUGGUCGAGGGACUCCUCUUGGGUUUUACCAUGUUCAGAAUAUUGCUGUGGAAGUGACAGAAUCAUUUGUGGAGUACAUCAAAACGAAGCCUAUUGUGUUUGAAGUCUUUGGACAUUAUCAGCAGCAUCCUCUCCAUCUGCAAGGGCAGGAUCUCAACAGCCCUCCACAGCCUUCCCGAAGAUUCUUUCCUCCUCCUAUGCCACUCUCAAAGCCAGUGCCAGCUAUGAAGCUGAACACUAUGAGCAAACCCAGCUUGGGCCAGAGUGUGAGCAAAUACGACCUCCUUGUGUGGUUUGAGAUCAGCGAGUUGGAGCCAACAGGGGAGUAUAUUCCUGCUAUUGUGGACCACACUGGAGGCCUGCCCUGUUGUUUUGUUUUUGAACUCUACCAGGGAAUCCAGCGUAGAAUCACAGUCACCAUUAUCCACGAGAAGGGCAGCGAGUUGCACUGGAAAGAUGUGCGAGAGUUGGUUGUUGGACGUAUAAGAAAUAAAGCAGAGGUAGAUGAAGCUGCUGUGGAUGCUGUUCUGUCUUUGAAUAUUAUCUCUGCGAAAUAUCUGAAGUCCUCUCACAGCUCCAGUAGGACUUUCUAUCGGUUUGAAGCAGUCUGGGAUAGCUCCUUGCAUAACUCCCUUCUACUCAAUCGAGUGACACCGUAUGGAGAGAAGAUAUAUAUGACCCUUUCUGCUUACCUGGAGCUUGACCACUGCAUCCAGCCUGCCGUUAUAACAAAGGAUGUUUGUAUGGUCUUUUACUCACGAGAUGCCAAGAUCUCCCCACCACGCUCACUACGCAGUCUCUUUGGCAGUGGCUACUCCAAAUCUCCAGAUUCCAAUCGAGUAACUGGGAUCUAUGAACUAAGUUUAUGCAAAAUGGCAGACACAGGAAGUCCAGGAAUGCGGAGGAGGAGGAGAAAAGUCCUGGAUACAUCUGUGGCAUAUGUGCGAGGAGAGGAGAACCUGGCAGGUUGGAGGCCCAGGGGUGACAGCCUCAUUCUAGAGCAUCAGUGGGAACUGAAGAAACUGGAGCUGCUGCAUGAGGUGGAAAAAACUCGUCACUUCCUUCUUCUUCGUGAAAAGCUUGGUGACAGCAUCCCCAAGUCCCUGAGUGAUUCAUUGUCUCCCAGUAUGAGCAGUGGAACCCUCAGUACCUCCACCAGCAUUUCCUCACAGAUUUCGACUACAACAUUUGAGAGUGCUGUGACGCCCAGUGAGAGCAGUGGCUAUGACUCGGCAGAUAUAGAGAGCCUGGUGGAUCGGGAGAAAGAGCUGGCUACCAAGUGUCUGCAGCUUCUUACUCAUACUUUCAAUCGGGAAUUUAACCAGGUGCACAACAGCAUCAGUGAUUGUAAGUUAUCGGAUAUUUCUCCAAUUGGGCGGGACCCAUCAGUGUCGAGUUUCAGCAGUGCUACCCUCACACCUUCAUCUACCUGCCCUUCUCUGGUGGAUUCAAGAUGCAAUUCCAUUGAUCAGAAGACACCAGAAGCAAAUUCUCGUGCCUCCAGUCCCUGUCAUGAGGUGGAACAGUUCCAGCUGAUUCCUGCAGUAGAAACUUCCUACCUUGCCAGAGCUGGAAAAAAUGAAUUCCUAAACCUUGUUCCUGAUAUUGAGGAAAUCAGACCAGGCUCUGUGGUCUCAAAGAAGGGAUACCUCCACUUCAAGGAGCCACUCUCCAGCUCCUGGGCCAAGCACUUUGUGGUGGUUCGCCGUCCCUAUGUUUUUAUUUACAACAGUGACAAAGAUCCUGUAGAAAGAGGAAUCAUAAACUUAUCCACAGCUCAGGUGGAAUACAGUGAGGAUCAACAGGCAAUGGUAAAGACACCCAACACAUUUGGCGUGUGCACAAAGCAUCGUGGGGUCCUGCUCCAGGCCAUCAACGACAAAGACAUGAAUGACUGGUUAUAUGCCUUCAAUCCACUUCUUGCUGGCACAAUACGGUCAAAACUGGCUCGAAGACACACGGGCCAGCUGAAGUACUGAGUCCAUGUAAUGUUCUCAUCUGUUCUCCCUAACUCACCUUCUGAUAGAUAGUGUUACCUCUCAUUUUCUCUUUGUGAUUCUUGACAGUUUCUCUUGUAUGUAAUCCUGUGGCUUAACAUCCCCUACCUUCCCAACUCCUUCAGCACAUUUUCUGAGUAUUCUAACCCUACAUUGUUUCUUUUCACUUGUGUUGAGAAUCCUACUAGUAGCAUGUGGCUAAAAAAUAAAAAAUUGAGUGCACGACUCUAAAAAGAAAAAAAAAA